UGACAGGAAAAAAAGGCCAAACAAUUUUUUUUUUUUUUUUUCUUCAGUAUGUGAAUUCUCAAACUCUCCCAGGCUGAGUGGAGUUUUUGCAGAACUCUCAAGAGACCCUGAGUGCUGGUCUUGAGGGGAGUUUCCACAGCUGAAGUACACAGCACUGUGACUUUGUUCCUCAGAAGAAUAAUUAGAAGAAGAGGAGGGAGGGACGAGCGAGUUUUCUCAGCCUUUUCUCAACACAUACGUUUGGGCUCCACACCGCACAUUCCUGUCUGUCUGUAAUUCUCAGGAAACUGGCCAGAAAAAUUCAAUCCAUUCUGGGUUUUGCAAGAAAAAUAAAUCGCUUUACUAUCCAAGAGGAAACAGUUGGAUAUUCUACUAAGAUAUUGUGCAUUUUCUUUGCAGUCAUUGGGAGAACGCACUGGUUUUCCCUCCUACCCCCAACCACCCCCCAAAAAAUGGAUCUGUGCCUGGGCCAGGUGUUCAGCAAGGACAAGACUUUCCGGCCUCGGAAGCGUUUUGAACCCGGGACCCAGCGUUUCGAGCUGUAUAAAAAGGCGCAGGCAUCUCUGAAGUCUGGCUUGGACCUGCGGAGUGUGGUGCAGCUUCCUCAGGGAGAGAACAUCAAUGAUUGGAUUGCUGUGCACGUGGUGGACUUCUUCAAUCGCAUCAACCUCAUCUACGGCACGGUGAGCGAGUUCUGCACGGAGCGCUCCUGCCCCGUCAUGUCCGGGGGCCAGCGUUACGAGUACCGCUGGAAAGACAAUAACCUGUACAAGAAGCCCACCAAGCUACCCGCACUCAAGUACAUGAGCCUACUGAUGAACUGGAUCGAGACGCUCAUCAACAAUGAGGACAUCUUCCCCACAACAGUAGGGGUUCCAUUCCCCAAGAAUUUCCAGCAAGUGUGCAAGAAGAUUCUGAGCAGGCUUUUCCGAGUCUUCGUCCACGUCUACAUUCACCACUUUGACAGCAUCUGCAGCAUGGGGGCGGAGGCGCACGUCAACACCUGCUACAAGCACUACUACUACUUCAUCACAGAGUUCAGCCUCAUCGAGCACUCAGAGCUGCAGCCCCUGAAAGCAAUGACUGAAAAGAUCUGCACCUGAUUGAGACCACAGGGCCUGGAUGGAGCUUGUUAGGCUAAAGCUACCCAACUGCCAGUCUUUACAGAAAUAAUAUCUGUCUUUACUUUAUAUUGUCACACAUGCGAUACUAUAUUAUAUAUAUAUAUAUAU